CGGAAACUGCCGCGGCCCCGAGCCGGAGCGGCGGCGUCUGGGGCGGAGCCGGCGGCCGCGGCUUGGGCCUGUCAGCGUCCCGGGGUCCCGGAGCGGAGCGCGGAGGGACAGCCAGGAGCGGGCCGUGGGGGAGAAUGGUGCAGAGCCCGGCGCCCGCGCCCGCCCCGCUGCCGCCGCCGCGGCCGCUGCCGCUGCUGCGUGGGAGCGCGGCCCGUUAGCGCAGCCUCCCUCUCGGCUCGACCCGGCCCGACCCGGCCCGACGGCGCAGGACCCCUUCAGCAGGGAAGAUCGCAGAUUCCUCUUGAGAGACUUAGCCCUCCGGACCUGGUCACUGCUUUCAUUUCAAAGUCAGAAGAGAAUCCUGCUUGCUGAAGAAAACCAGAGCCAAACCAGGCGUUGAGUGGGACUAAUGAGAAUGACGUUUAACAUCAAUCCCUUGGAGAACCUGAAGGCUCACAUCAGCAGCCGUCCUCCACUUGUCGUCUUCAUGGUCAGCGUGAGUGCCAUGGCCAUCGCUUUCUUGACCCUAGGCUAUUUCUUUAAAAUAAAGGAGAUCAAGUCACCAGAAAUGGCAGAGGACUGGAACACUUUCCUUCUGAGGUUUAAUGAUUUGGACUUGUGUGUUUCGGAGAAUGAAACCUUGAAGCAUCUUCUGAAUGACAGCACCACCUCAGAGACUGCAGUAACCAGUGGGCAGGCCCGGUCAGCCACCCAGGCACCGCAGGCCCUCGAGGACUCUGGCCCCACAAACAUUUCUGUUGCCAUCACUCUGACCUUGGACCCACUGAAGCCCUUUGGAGGGUACUCCCGCAACGUCACACACCUCUACUCCACCAUUUUGGGCCACCAGAUUGGGCUUUCUGGUAGAGAAGCCCAUGAGGAGAUCAAUAUUACUUUCACCCUGCCUGCAGCUUGGAACUCCGAUGACUGUGUUCUCCAUGGUCACUGUGAACAGGUGGUCUUCACUGCCUGUAUGACUGUCACGGCUGCCACCAACGUGUUUCCUGUUACCGUACAACCACCACAUUGCAUUCCUGAGACCUACAGCAACGCAACGCUUUGGUACAAAGUCUUCACUACCGCCAGGGACUCAAAUACAAAAUAUGCGCAAGAUUAUAAUCCUUUCUGGUGUUACAAAGGGGCCAUUGGGAAGAUCUACCACACUUUAAACCCCAAGCUUACCGUCAUUGUGCCAGAUGAUGAUCGGUCCUUGAUAAACCUGCAUCUCAUGCAUACCAGCUAUUUCCUCUUUGUGAUGGUUAUUACAAUGUUCUGCUAUGCUGUCAUCCGGGGCAGACCAAGCAAACUGCGACAAAGCAAUUCAGAAUUCUGCCCAGAAAAGGUGGCCUUGGCUGAAGCCUAGUCUUAUGACAUCCCUUUUCUGUGAGCGAUCGAAAGAACUGCAAUCGUUGCCUGCUGAGCCCGGCCUGUAUCUGGACACUCUGUGAAUAUAUUAUCUGGCAAUGUUGGGUUAUUCCAACCAAAGACAUUUCAAGUGCCUGUUCAUUGAUUUGUACAUAUUUAUAAAAGAAAAAAAAAUAUAUUCAGAAACUGGUCAGAUGAUGCCCUCGCUCCUCACCAGGGUGCGUGCGACCAGAACCUUUCAAUCUCUUACCUGUGGACUUCGCUGUGUUUGUGUAAAUAUGUUAGCAGUCAGAGAGGAAUACCGUGGCCUGGAGGCAUCGAGCUGGCACAAUGCCUCUGUGAACGUCUCCAAGGAAACCGUUUGUCCAUCGGAGGUUGUUUAGGUUUGGUUUGGUUUUAGCCCAGCAGUAAUAUGUGUACAGUGGUGUUUGAACUUCUGUGCACCUUCGAUAGGACACCACGUGUCCAAGGCCACUGAUCUGGGGCCUGGGGUCAGCGCAAUCUUUGUGGCUUAAUAAGGAUAGUAAAACGACAAUAAUAAUACCUGUUCUCCACUUUGCUCUUUGCUUGCAAGAAAAGAUAUCCAUCUUUCUAGGGGUCUUUCUUUUUUGAAGAAGAAGAAGAAAAAUUAAAAUACAUAUUCACAUUUUAAUACUGCUAUAGUUAGGACAAAGUUGUGCUUUUCUCCCGAGUAAGAUGAAUAUUUAAAAGCUGAAUCCCCUUUGAAGUCAUCCCCAUGCUGUGCUAAGUUUCAUUUUUCGUGUGGACUGUGGAAAGACAUGGCCUUGCUGGGCUCUGCGGCAGGAUGCUUCCCAGUCGGUUUUUUCCUUCCUCCCUUGGCUUUUUUCUUCUUUAAAAUGAAAAGGCAGCUUCCUUGUGCCAGGAAGCUGAGCCAUGUUCCCCUCUGGUCUGCAGGGCAGAGGAGAAAUCUGGGGGACAGAGCAAAACCAGGAGAUAAUGAGCCGAGCUCAUCCCUCCUCAUUUCCAGGAGCUGGAUGUCUGGAAGUGGAGGCCUUCCCUCAAUGAAAGCCAGAUGCCUCCCGGUUCUCCUGUGACUCUUGCAUCGUCUCUUUUCUUCCCUUGAUUUUUCUUCCCUCAUGGUGAUUCGAUCCCCGCCCCCCCCUUCUUUAAGAAUUUGUAUUACCUUUUCUAAUAUGCCCAUCUUAUGUUUCUUCCUCAGUCUGUAAGAAGGGAAAGCAUUUUGUGAACUUCCCCACAUGUCUGAAAUGGGGGUGCCUUGGAUGACCCUUCAUUAUUAAGGACCUUUUACGUCUAGCUUUUGGCUUGUGUUGCAGAGGCCAUCAAAUUAAGGCCUUGGAAACAGCAGCCCACCUUCUUCCCUUUCGCAGGGGUCCUUAGGCAUUGCUCCUUUGGCCUGGAGACUCUGGAUCCCAGACUCCCCUAGGUGGAAAGCUGCAGUGGGCCUUUUCCCAGAAGACUGUGAGACAGGCCAAUGCUGGGACCUGGCUGGAGUUGCAGUGUUUCUCUCGAGUACAUUUCAAGCACAAGAAUCAUAUUUUUUUGAUAGACAAUGAUUUUUCUGUAUGGUCUUUGUUGCCGACAUGACAUGUGGGUAAAUUGUUGAAUGUAGUUUUCUUUCUGGAGCCCUUGAGCUCCUGACUGGAGCAGAUUUGGAAAUCACUCGGGCCUGGUUUCCAGAAAUGUCUUAUGUUCAAAGGCUUCCAGAUUUUAGUUGAAGCUGCUACUGACUUAGAAUCUUGAUGAAGUGAAGCUGUAUGACUAGAUUUAGAGCUGGUGUGUGUGUCUGUGUGUGUGUGUUUGGAGGGGGGGCGGGGAAUGCAGCUGAAAAAAAUUAUUUUUCCUGAUUUGUUCUGCUCUCAGCUCAUCUCAUAUAUAUACAUAUAUAUAUAUAUGUGUGUGUGUGUGUGUGUAUGUAUAUAUAUAUAUACACACACAUAUAUAUAUACACACACACAUACAUAUAUAUAUAUAUGCUGAUCCUUGAUGUUCUAAUUGAAGGGAGUAGGGUGGGGUGGGGAACAGAUAGUCCAAGAAAGAAAUGAAGUCAAGAAUGGUGCUAGGAAGUGCCAAAAAAUGCCCCAAGAACAUAACUUAGCUUAAGGUAAGAUCAGAAAAUAACAGAUGUUCAUUAUUUAGUCAUGCAAGCAACUGUCAGAGGGCAGAAGCCCAAAGUGGUGCAGGUUGGAGAAGAUGUGCCACUGAUGGAUGUGAAGGCAGGGAAGAGCCAGCUCCUGGGCUGGGCUUGAGAUGUUGAGUAAGUAGGGAGGCUUCCUUGGCACCCCAGAGGUCCAGGGUGUCCGUUCCUGCCAGGAGAUUGGCCUCCAGGCUGGCCUCUCCUCCUGGAGUCUUGAUCCCGGGUUUGUCUGUGGGUGUUGGGGUCAGCCGUGGCCCCCUCAGACCCCUUGGCCUGGCUUUGACACAGCCAGAUGGAAGGUCAAUGACAUAAACAGUAGAGUGGUUGUUUCGGAUCAUAUUGAUCUCUCCUUUCCGUUCUCUUUUGCCGUAUGACUUGAAUCCGUCUCGAUUCUCUCGGUAAGUGUUCUUUCCCUGUAGUUAGUGUGUCCUGUAGAGAGUCAGAGCCUUGGCUGUUGGCCCUCCGUCAGGUCAUGGCUAAGAUGGCCCGGUGAUCCUGUUCACUUCUCUUGUUGCAUGAUCCGGUAAUGGCAUUCUCCUCUAGGUGAAUUUUCUGUGUUUGUAGGAUGUGCGUAUAUGCUUUACAGAAUAAAAACAUCUGCGUUUA